UCUUGUGAGAUCUCCACUGCAGAUACCGAGAAUGAAAAAAGAAAAGAAAAAUGAAAAAAAAUGAGCCCGCGCCCCGGUGACGCCGAUCCCAAGCCCGCGUUGCACGGCGGCCCCUCGCCGGCCUGAGGCUUCCUCGGCCGCCCCCUCACGUGAACAUUACACCACCCAGCUCCAACUCCAACGCCGGCAACGGCAAGGCCGGCCCACACUCAGAGCAGGGAGAGUGGGAGACGGCAGUUCUUCACACUUCACACCCAGACCAGACACCAGAGCGAGAGUGCGCGCGGCCUGCCCGCGCCGCACCUUGCAGCUAGCGCCGCACCACCGGCGAGCCGCCCACGCCGCGCGCGCGGACGGCACGCGAGUGACACGGGAUGGCCGCGUCAGCAGAGGCCGCGCCGCUCCGCGUCUCCGCCUCUCCGGCGGCGAGCAAGCAGCUCGGCGGCGCGGGCCGCGGGCGCGGGCGCGACGCGCUCGUGUUCGCGGCCGGCGUUGCGGCCGCGGCGCUCGCGAUCCUGGGCUCGGCGUCCGUCCUCGCGCCCGGGAGCAGCAGCCUGCUGGUGGCCUUCCCCGUCCCCGGCCCGGAGGACGGGACGCGCACGUUCUACGACGACCCGGAGCUCUCGUACGACGCCGUGGGCGGGCGCCGCCUCACCGGGUGGGACGCCAAGCGCGCGGAGUGGCUGCGGUCGGGCGGGGUCGCCCGCCGGAGCUCGCCGGAGCGUGUGGUGAUGGUGUCCGGGUCGCAGCCGGAGCCGUGCCCCGGCGACGCGGGCGACCACCUGCUGCUGCGGUUCCUCAAGAACAAGCUCGACUACUGCCGGCUCCACGGCAUCCAGCUCCUGUACAACCGGGAUUUCCUGCAGCCGGCCAUGUCGAGCUACUGGGCCAAGAUCCCCAUCGUGCGCGCCGCCAUGCUCGCGCACCCGGAGGCGGAGUGGGUCUGGUGGGUGGACUCGGACGCCGUCUUCACCGACAUGGACUUCUCCCUCCCGCUCGCCACCAGGUACGGCGGCUACAACUUGGUCGCCUACGGCGUGCGCAAGGACAUCGAGAGGAAGUCGUGGCUGGGCAUCAACGCCGGUGUGUUCCUCAUCCGCAACUGCCAGUGGUCGCUCGACUUCCUCGACGAGUGGGCGCGCAUGGGCCCCGCCUACCCGGAGCACGCCCGGUGGGGGAAGGUGCUCCGGGAGGAGCUCAGCGACAAGGACUCCGACGUGGCGUGCGACCAGUCGGCGCUCGUGUACUUGCUCCUCUUCAACUGGGACAGGCUGGGGAAGAAGACCUUCAUCGAGACCGAGUACUACUUCAUGGGCUGGUGGGGGGAGAUCAUGGACCGGCUCGACGGCGUCGCGGCGAGGUACGAGGCCGUGGAGCGGCGCGCCCCGGGGCUCCGGCGGCGCCACGUGGAGCGGGAGCACCUGCUGUACGCGGCGGCGCGGAACGCGGCGGUGAGGGGAGCCGUGCCGGGCCCCGCGGGCGGCGGGAAGACGGGGUGGCGGCGGCCGCUCAUCACACACUUCACGGGCUGCCAGCCCUGCAGCGGCGGCCGGAACCCGACCUACUCCAAGGAGAGCUGCGACGACGGGAUGCGCCGCGCGCUCUUGUUCGCCGACGACCAGGUUCUACGCGUGUACGGGUUCCGCCACGCCGCCCCGCUCAAUGACAGCGUGCUGCCGCUGCCGUUCGACUACCCCGCGCGCAGCUGAUUCCUUUUCAGAAGGAAGCAAAGCAAGCAAGUUUUACACAAGUUUGUACUGCAUAAAUGUGCGACCAUAGCUGGAUAUCUUGAUCAUCAUCAGUAGGAACCUGAGUGUUCAACUAUAUGCCGCUAUGUCCGCGAGUGAUAAACAAGAUAGAAUUUUUAUAAACAGAACAUCACACAUACCAUA